AAAGGAGCGGAAGUAGAAGAAGAAGAAGAAGAAAAGAAAAGAAAAGAGGAGAGAAGAGAAACGCUUUCGUUUCUCACAGCCAGAGUACAUGAAUCCAGGAGCAGAGGAGGAGACACAUGGACAGAAGAGGAAGUGGACAUUGAGAGGAGACAAAGAGGAUCUCCCUGCGCAGUACUGUAACGAAGCACAAGGAGGGAGAGAAGACUGGAGACGAGGAUCAUCAUGAUGGCGGAAACAGGAGCAGGAGCUGAACACCCUUCAGUGUCAUUGCACAGCCUCCCAUGUGAAUCACACUGUUUUGGGGACACGGUGACCUCUUACUCUGAGGACUCAGCAGCACUCAUGGAUGUGUGUGUAAAAAGUGAGCCUGAAGAUGAGCACAUUUCCCACCCUGAAUAUUGUACUGAGGUUCAGGGUUUUGGUGCUGAAGAAAUGGGCUCAGGGCUGCACCUGGAUACCGAGCACAUUAAAUCUGAGAUUGUCAUGGUCAAAAUAAUGGAGGACAGUACUGAUCAACAGCAGUACAGUACUUUCAAUACGGUAUCCAUAGAGUGUAAAUCAGAGACAGAUGAAGUGAAGCUAGAACAUUCUCAGAUAGUAGGAUCGUCCAGUACAGAUAUAGCAGUCAAUGAAACCGAAGAUGAUGUUUUGCACAGGAAUUCUGUAACCCUGGAGAACAGUUUAAUUACUGUAGGAGAUAAUGGCAAAUAUUUUUGUAUGCAGUGUGGAAAAAGUUUUUCUCAAAUUUGUCAAUUUAAACUCCACCAACUUACUCAUUCUGGUUGGAAACCAUAUCAAUGUAGUCAAUGUGGAAAGAGCUUUUCCCAAAGGCGUCGCUUGAAACAGCACCAGAUGACUCAUUCUGGGAAAAAAUUUAAGUGUAUUCAAUGUGAAAAAACCUUCUCUUCUCAACAUUACUUAAAAAAGCAUGAGUUUAUUCACUCUGGAGAUAAACCGUAUGCAUGUAGUGAAUGUGGGAAGAGAUUUUCUCAGUCUGGUAAUUUAAAGCAGCACCAGCUUCUUCAUUCUGGUGAGAAACCAUAUAAAUGUAGUGAAUGUGGGAAGAGUUUUUCCCAGAGACAUACAUUAAAACUCCACCAGCGCAUACAUUCUGGGGAGAAACCAUACGCGUGUGGUCAAUGUGGAAAGACUUUUUCACAGCGGGCUACCUUAAAUGUUCACCGUCUUGUUCAUUCUGGUAAGAAGCCGUAUGAAUGCGGUGAAUGUGGGAAGUGUUUUUGUCGAUCUAGCGACUUACGACAGCACCGCCUUGUUCACUCGGAUGAGAAACCGUAUAAAUGUAGUGAGUGCGGAAAGUGCUUUUCCCAAAAAGGUGCCUUAAAACGGCACCAGGUUGUUCAUUCUAGUGAGAAACUUCAUAAAUGCGGCGACUGUGGAAAGAGUUUCUCUCGUUCUAAUCGCUUAAAGCUCCACCAGCUUGUUCAUUCAGGUGAGAAACCAUAUCAAUGUAGCGAAUGUGGGAAGAGUUUUUGUCAAGUGCGCCACUUAAAAAAGCACCAGCUCAUUCAUUCUGGGAAGAUAUUUAUAUGCAUUCAAUGUGGGAAAAGAUUUUCUUGCCAAAAUUACUUAAAAAAGCACGAGGUUAUUCAUUCUGGUGUUAAACCGUACAUAUGCGGUGAAUGUGGGAAGAGUUUUUCCCGAAUCGAUGCUGUGAAACAGCACCGGCUUAUUCAUUCUGGUGAGAAACCGUAUAAAUGCAGUCAGUGUGGAAAGAGUUUUGCUGUGAGGCAGUAUUUAAAAGUUCAUGAGAAAACACAUUGUAGAAUUUGAUGUGUAUUGGUCUAAUAUGAACUGUGUGAACCAACCACCAAACCCAAGUUGCUGAGAUCGUAUGUGGGGGAAAGAAAAUUGAAAAAUAUCUACUCCAUAUUAAACUGGAUUUACUGAAAGAAUCUGAACUCAAAGGAAUUCCUGGUGUGAGUGAGAAAGUUUGUACCGCAUUUACACACUUUCCAAGGUCAUAGAACCCAGAUGAGGUUUGGCUGAGUUUGGGUCCCUGUUCAGUCUUACACAGAGUUCUUACUCUGAGUUCAUCUGAAUGCUGAAUUCUGAACCCACUCCAAAAUGACCCCAACAGCCAUUGCUCAGGAUGAAGAGACACGUUAAUUUGCUGCACAUGGACUCCACAGACAAAUCUGUUUUCAGAGACUUUCCAGGCUUUUUAUUUAAUCUUCUUUUAGUCAAUAAAGGAUCAGUUUUGCAUAGACUGACAGAACUACAGCCUGUUAGCCUUUUUUGAGACGUUCGCUUUAGGAAUUACUGUAAGUGCUGAGAUUUGUCAUGUGCACGCUGGACCCAAAAAUAUACAUUUUCACGUCGCAGAUGUUCAAGACACUUGUCCUUCUUCCAGGAAACUAUCUGUAAUUCUCAAUCUUCUGAUGAACGUUCACUCACCAUGGAAGGUUGUCAUGUUGGGACACUCAAUGUAACAAGAUGAAUUGAUUCAUUUAUUGUAUUCCUUCUUUAUUUAAAUGUGCUAAAUCUUUAAAAUGAUUACAUUUAUUUGUAAUUUAAUUAUAACAUUUACUAUUAGAUGUUCUCCAGCACAGUGUAAAAAAGUCGCGUUGGUGCCUCAACUCCGGCACCUUGUUUCAAAUGCGUCCUGGUCUCUGCUGAACUUGCAUGUUCUCUCCGUGUUUGUGUGAAUUUCUUGUGUGCGGUUGCUCUGCAGUGGACUGGCACUCCCAUCAUGGGUAUAUCCAUCCUCUCGGGGAGGCCACACAAAACACUGACUUGUUUUCAGAACUUAAGAAAUUCUUGUUACUUUUUAUUAUAUCAGCAUUUAUUAGUUUAUGUUCUGUUAUGUAGUUUUUCCAUGAACAAAUAAACACAUACUG